AUGGAUCUAUUACUUCCACACCCAUCAAACUCAACUCCACUCACUGUCCUUAGCUUCUUAGACAGAGCCGCCUCCGUCUAUGGCAACUGUCCAUCCAUCCUCCACACCACAAACACCGUCCACACUUGGUCCGAAACCCACGACCGCGGUCUCCGAAUAGCAUCGGCUCUCACUACCUCUUCCCUUGGCAUCGACCAAGGACAAGUCGUCUCUGUCGUGGACCCCAACGGCCCAUCCGUCUAUGAGCUUCAGUUUGCUGUCCCAAUUUCCAUAUCACUUGUCCUUGAAGCAGUCUCGUUCUUGGGACAACAUGAUAAGCCUCACCUCGUCCUCCUCAACGAUGAUGAUGAUUUUUCCUCUGCUUCAGCCGCAUCAGAUUUUCUUGACACGUACGAAGGGAUCAUGGAGAGAGGAGAUUCAAGAUUCAAGUGGAUCCGUCCACAAACUGAGUGGAAACCGAUGGUGCUCAACUACUGA